AGUAUUUCACUAGACUGACUUGACUCCAAAAUACCAUCCAGUGACUCUAGUCUCCAAUAAAUUCAAAUAUGUCUAUUUCGCUUUGAAUUAUAUAAAUAAUGAAAAAUGAGAUGUGUACACGUAAAUAUCCGAAAAGCAACUUUCAUACUUCUCACUAUACUCAUAAAUCGUAUUCAAAUGGUGGAUAAUGAAGAUAUUGUCAAUAUCCAUAGGGAUAUCGAAAACGAGAAGAAAAAUACUAGUAUGGCCAAUCAAAUCAUCAAGACUACUCCAGAGGAUAAGAUACUUCAUUGCCCAUCGAAUUUAGAUUGCAAAGUUCUAGAUGAACCUUGCAUUGAAUGUGAAUUGAAUCCCAAGUGUAGAUAUGGUGAGUUGGUGAAUACCACUUGUCACACCAAAUCCCAAGUGAAUAACUGCAAGGGCCCCCGAAAUUUCACAAGGAGCUUCAUAUGCAGGUACUGCUAUCAAACAGAUCACUGGGAGCACACCUGCCAACAAAUGACCAAUUGUGAUUCUGUAGCAUCUCCUAGAAACUACUACAUCACCAAUUGCACUGUCAAAGGGGAUAUUCUGUGCCUGGGGAACAGAGAGUUCAAGAAGAAUGUGCAAUGCAACUGGACCGGGGGCUAUCGAUGGGCCACCACUCUAGCCCUCAGCAUAGCCCUAGGUGGCUUUGGAGCUGAUAGAUUCUACUUGGGCCAUUGGCAAGAGGGCAUAGGCAAAUUGUUCAGUUUCGGAGGCCUAGGCGUGUGGACGUGCGUUGACGUCAUUUUGAUAUCACUGCACUAUUUGGGGCCAGCUGAUGGGUCUUUGUACAUUUGAAGAUAGGUUAGGUUAGGCGGUUAGGGCAUACAUUGAGGUGGAGAAGGAGACAUGCAAUAUUCAAUUGAUAAUGAAUGUGAGAUUUCAAAUAAAUAUAAAUAGCUGAGGAAAAUGUACUGGAUUAAAAAACUAGAAUGCCCAUGUUGAAGGAUCUGUCGUUGAUAUUGGAGUUAUAGGAGGAUCAAUGGGAGGAUGCAAAUGAAGCAAUCAUGUAUAUUUGUCUUCAUUUUAUU